AACAGCACAGCAACAUUCAAGUGGUUUCGUUGCUUGUGUGCUUGUGUGCUUGUGUGCCUGUGUGCUUGUUGUACACUAUUAUAGCCAACAGAUUUUAAUAAUAAAGGUUACUGUGAAGGUUCGUUACGUUGAAGAAAAUGUGCGCUGGUGAUGUGAUUUGAAAACUGUGAUGAUAUUAACAAAAAAGUUUGUUUCAUAAAAAAUUGAUAAAAUUUCAUUCGGGAUUGAUGUGAGCCAUGUCAUGGGAAAGCGUAGUAUCAAAGGAUCUGCUUAGUUUUCCACAUUGUCAAAAUUUAUCAGCAACUCAUUUAUUGGCUUCCCCAGAUGGUUCACGUAAUUUGUUAGAAGCAUCAAAUGAAUUUUGCAACUUUGAUGAAAACUAUUCAUGGAAUGUUGGUUAUGGAUCAAGUCCGGAAGAAAAUUCAUUAUGGGCUCAUCAAGGAUUUUCUGCACCCCGGAACUCCGUAGUUAAUUGCUUUUUAAUGUUUCAACGGAGCUUAAAACAGUAUUUGGCAAAAAGAAAAAUGGAACGUGGUUUGCGUCUUUAUGAACAACAUAAUCAGAAUGCGGCUGUUCGUAUAUGGCGAAGUGCUCUUAAGGCGACAAGUCGUCGUGAAGACUGCUUUCAGUUAUUAAAUUAUCUUUAUCAAGCUCAUAUGGAUUGGGGAAAAUACAGAGAAGCAAUCGAGUUUGGACAUAGAGCUUUAGGAAUUUCAGAGGAACUUGAUUCACAGAAUAUGCGCGCUGAAACAUAUUUAAACUUAGCACGUGCGCAUGAACGUCUUGGUGGUUUAGAGAGAGCACUUAGUUAUGCACGUCACUCGCUUUAUAAUGAGUGUAACAAACAAUGUCGAACUGGUGGGUUAGUUCAUCUAACAGUCGCUCGAGUUUAUUUAGAAAUGGGUGGCUUUUCGCGAGCACUAGAAGGACUACAAAAUGCUCAUAAAAUUGCUCUAUCAAUAACUGACCCUUCUUUAGAGCUGCAGGUUUUUGUUGCAUUAUCCGAAUUAUUUGGACGUUUACAAGAUAAUCAUAAAAGUGCAGUAUACGCAUCAAAAGCAUAUGAUUUGUCACGUUCUUUACAAUUGGGACAUUUGAAUUCAUCGAAUCAUCGAGCAGCUUUAUUAAGAAUGGCUGCAGCUUUAAGAAAGCAAGGUGAAUUAGGAGAUGCUCAUGAUUAUUGUAUGGAAGCAACUAGACUCUCAUUAAUAUCUGGCGAUCAAGCUACCUAUACACGUAGUUUACGGAUAAUGGGUGAUAUAUACCGGAAAAAAAUGGACAUUGAUCGAGCAUUUAGGCAAUAUGAACUUGCAAUGGGAACUUCGUCAGCAGUUGGUGAUCGUAUGGCGCAGAUGGAAGCAAUGGAUGGUGCUGCACGCUGCUUAGAAGUCUUACGUUUGCAACAAAAGAUAUGCAACUGUCGUCCUUUAGAAUUUAACACGCGAUUGCUCGAAGUAGCAAAUUCAAUAGGUGCAAAGUUACUUAUGCGCAAAGUUCGCAGUCGCCUUUCUUUAAUUUAUCAAGCAUUGGGUGAUGAUGAACAAUAUAACACGCAUAUAAAGUUGGCAAGUCAGACUGAUGCUGCUCUUGGAUUAAUCUGCGGCGUUUGCGGGGAAUUAUUUGGUCUUGAAACAGAUUCCUUAGAAGCUCUACCAUGCGCGCAUAUACUACAUGCCAGGUGUGCACACGAAUUAAUUCGGAAACGUGAAAAGGGAUCCAAUCGUGCUUGUCCAGCUUGCAAUAAAUUAAUAAAUUCUCAUCUGCAUUUAUGCUCUCCAGAAAACAAUAGAUCCAUGCAGAACAAUAUAUUAAACAGUAACUUACAAAUCAAUACAGCGGAGUUAAUUCCUCCACUAUAUAUCAAUGAAUCAGAAGAUGAUAAUGAUAACAAUUCCAUUGUGUAUACUGAUAAUAUUUUUUGCAAUGGGUUGAGCACGAAUACAUCAAACAACAGCUGUAGUAACAUACUUAUAUCAGCUAAGCGCGAUAUAGAAGAACCUACGCAUCGAAGUAACCUAUCUUUAGAAUCUUUAAGUAUGCACGCAUCUAGUUUAAAUGUCAAUAGUGGUAAAAACGCCACAUCUUCCGUAUAGAAAUCAGUUUAGAUAUUAAAAAAAACGUUUUAAAAACGUUUAAAAAAUGUU